AUGGAUGAAAGUAAAUCACUAAAAGAAGUAGAGAAUAAACCUGAAGAUAAUCUAUGUCAACUGCCCCAAGGUGACAACAUUAACCAACAAAUCAAAUAUGACGAAAGUGUUUUACAUGCACAAGAUGCCGGAGAAAUAAAGAAUAUUUUAGAAGCUAAAGAGGCAGAAGAUUUAGUUUCACAAGCAAAUAAUGAGAAUUUUAAAGGUGAAAAUAUAGAUAUUGUAGAAAAUUCUAAAGACGAUAUUAGCAUCAAAACUCCAUGCAUCGGUGAAAUAGAGUUGGUAGAAAAUAAACAUGAAAGUAGUACAAAACCGAUAGAAAUGUCAAACGGAAUAAAAGAUACCAAAGAUGAAGUUACACAUUUCAGAAGUACAAUAUACGAUUCGGUCAUGAUUAAAACAAACAGCUUACUUGAAAUUGUUACUAAUCGUUUUAAUGGUCUUGUUAAGGAAGCACAAGGACCCAACGAAGAGAAAGGUGAGUACGUGAGCAUGGAUGACAAGCCACUAAACUACUUAAUCGGAAAGUUUGAUAACCCAGUAACUCAGCCAGUAGAUGCUGAGGAACUCAAUGAAAAACUAAACGAAAUAUCAUUACAAUCUCAAGCAGCUUUAGAAGAAUUGAAGAAUCAAUCAAUUAAGAUAAUUGAUACAGCUAGAGCUCAAACAAAUAAGGUAAUCGAAAAUGCUAGAUACAACGUCAAUAUGUUCACUAAACCCCUAGAAGAGAUACAGCAUCAACAAAAAUCAGUUGACGAGACAUACGAUGAAGAUAUUGAGAAGUAUGUGGGACCUGGACUUGUAACAGAUUUCUUUAGCUAA